UGACAACUGACUGACACAUAUCUGUGAUGGUUUCGUGGCGUGAUAAAAUUCGGUAAAAUACUGAAAAUCUUCACCGAACAUUGAUUUGUUUACUUUAAUAUUGUCACAGGAAAAGCGCCAAAGAAAGUAUAGCGAUGGGUGUAGCGAUCAGUCGGUACACGGAACUGUCGGCCAACGAGCUGCUGGCGCGCUUCUGCUCCUCCGAGGUGAUCUGCCCCAACGAUCCCUUUUGGAACCAGCUGCUUGCCUUCAAUAUCACACCCCCGUCUUCCUCAGAAGAGCAGCUAAUGUUCGACUCGAGUACAGAGGCGCUACUCCAGAAGUUUCUACAGAAUAAUUUGCAGACAGGCAACCUCGGCUCGCUGGUGCAAGUUUUCAUUACACGAGCCACAGAACUCCUAGCUGCCCCUAACAGUGACAAUGUAAUGCUCGCUUGGCAGACAUUCAACGCUCUCUUCGUGAUACGGGCAGUGACCAAGUAUUUAGUGGAAAUGGUCCCAGAGUACGAGGUGUGCAGGCACGUAGAUGUCCAGCCGGAGAGAAGGACCAGCCUGGAGGACCAUGAGACGCCCCCCUCAACGCCAGAAGAUCUGUCGUCACAGCAAACCCAUUCCCCCAAGCUUGUGAGUGGUGAGAGCCGCGUGGAGAUGCUGGUCGACGCGCUCAUCGGGAUCAUAAUAGAUGUACCACCCACGUCUAACACGUAUUAUCUUCAUCUAGAAUGUAUAAACACACUUCUUGUUCUGAUGUCAGUGUAUAUGUUCGCCGGGGUCCAUGGACAGUCCAGGCUGAUCGAAACCUCGCUUAUAUUCAGAACCCUGUUCCAAGGGCGGUACACGAUGCACGGCCCGCUGCUGGUGAAGACCCUCCUCGGCAACCUGUGCAGCAUGCAGCCUGCGCCUGCGCACAUGUUCGGCACGGGCGGCGCGCACAGCGGCAGCGUGCUCAUUGACAUCGCAUCGGGACUCUGGAACAUGUUGACCUUCUCCUCACCGACGCAGCAGUCCAUCUACACACACCCGCCAGCAGACAGACAUGAACUUUUGGAUAGAUUAAAAAGCGACCACCCGGUGGCCAACCAGUCGUGCCUGCUGCUCCUCGCGCUGUCCAACCACUGCAUGUCACAUAACCUGUACAGAGAUGCUUUGUUAUGCUGUGAGGAUUCAUCUGAAACAUCAACAAUUACACCACAAAAAGAUACGAAUGGCGGUGGCUCUCAGAUCACGCCGCCACGGAUAGACAUGGCAGCGCUGCACAAGGCUCUAUGCGCGACUGCGGGCUGCGAGCACUCUACACUGUUGCUAUAUGUGAUGCUGCACUCAUGUAAAGCGUAUAAGCGAUACGUCACUAACGUUCCCAACAUUGAGAAUUUGAUACUGCCGAUACUGCAAGUGCUAUAUAACGCCCCGGAUAGCAACUCCCACCACAUCUACAUGUCCCUAAUCGUGCUGUUAAUACUAACAGAGGAUGACCAGCUGAUCAGGAAUGUCCAUCAGAUUAUGUUGAAGAACCUGCCCUGGUACACGGAGCGUACGAUAUCGGAGGUGUCCCUGGGUGGUGUGAUGGUGCUGGUGGUGGUGCGUGCGCUGCAGUACAACAUGGUGCGAGUGAGAGACAAGUAUCUGCACACCAACUGUCUGGCCGCCAUAGCCAACAUGAGCUGUGAAUUCAGAAAUCUACACCCUUACGUCGCGCAGAGAUUAAUAUCAUUGUUCGAGACAUUAACGAAAAGACGAGCAAGACUAUGUAGCGAGAUAGAAGGUGGUGAUAUAAAUAGUUUAGAAUUACCACAUCAUGCAGAGGAAAAAACAGAAGAAAUUAUGGACCACAUAAGCGUGCUAGACGAGGUCCUCCGCAUGCUGCUGGAGAUCAUCAACUCGUGCCUCACCCACCAGCUGGUCAACAACCUCAACCUGGUGUACGCGCUGCUGCACAAGCGGCAGCUAUUCCAGCAUCACCACCACCCCAUCACGCAAAACAUCGAGAUGGUGAUAGGUUACUUCUCGACGCGGUUGCAGCGGGUGCAGGAAGGCGCUGGCGGAGACCUGGGCGUCACGGAGGUGCUCGCCUGCAUCAAGAAAGGGGCUGAGCAGUGGUCCAGCGAUAGGUUAAAGAAAUUCCCCGACUUAAAAUUCCGCUACGUAGAAGAGGAGCGACCAGAGGAAUUCUUCACGCCCUACGUUUGGGGGCUGAUCAGCAAUUGCGGAGGAGUGCACUGGGCCAGCGAGGGGGGCGCGCGGGCCGUAUCGCAGCUGCUGGCCUGCUGAUCUACACCACGGAAUAAGGAAUAAUACUACGUAUAGAAUGUCAACUCUCCGCUCCCCACCAGCGGCUGAGCUAGGUUUACCUCACCCCCUCGGCCUUACUUUAGUCUUCAAUCGUAUGGCGUCAGACGUCACACACACAGAUACGCGUGUACGAUAACGCCAAUGUGUAGUGUCUGUGUAAAACGAGGUGUUUUGUAUGAAGUGUCCGGGGUUCGACAUAGCAGCUGCGCAGGGUGUUAGGCUGUUUUUUUAUUUAGUGAGUUUUUUUUUGUGACAGCCCUGAAAUACUACACUUUUUUGACACUUGAAGUUUUUUUUUUGUUAAAUUAUAAAGACUAUCCAGAGGCUAGUAAAAAAAAAAUAAGGAUAUAACAGAAUGAAACAUUUCGCAGGCUACGUACCUCAAAAACAAUUUAGAUGGCGCUGUACAGUUUUCCCUUCGUUUAACCUUCUAAUUUCAUGGAUGACAGGCAUAUGCAUUCAUCUUUGUUUUUGGUUAUAAAUGAUGACCCCUUUUAUUACGCCCAGGCCCAAUUCCUCCACCCAUUAUGAUUCUGAUCAAAAUAAAGAGAAACAAUAUAGGUAGCGACAUAAUUCUAUACAUAAUGUCAUCUAAAUAUCUCAAGCAAUAAUUAUUUUUAUAUAUGCUUCUGCCAUUGCAUUGUAUUUUGGAAUAAUUAUGCACCCGAGUAAUGAGAAAAUAGGUGAUUAUCACGUUAACGCUGUACAGCGCCAUCUAUAUUGGUUUUGGUGAACGUAGCCUAAAACGUAGAUUAUCUGUCUCAGACACGGUACAAGGUAAAAAUAUUUUUUUUUUUGUAUAAAGUGUCCGGGGUGUGAUUUCAUUAUAGAUAGCUUUUUUGUGCUUUUUAAAAAACAGAACAGGGGUUAAAAUGGCCGCAUCGAAGCAAUUCAUCUAAGAAAGCAAUAUUGCAAUUUGACA